AUGGAACAAGACGAUUUUGAUUCCAUGUUUAACGAUAUUGAUGAUGAGGAUGUGUUUAAUACAGAUACUCGUUCUUCAGCAGCAUCAACUUCAGACCCAGAAACAAGUCGCGAUAGAGCUACAACUAUAACAACGCCAGUGAGCAUCGCAAAAAAUAAAACUCGAAACUUUUCCACACCACGACGGUCAGCCAAGACUCUUAACCAAACAACUUUUUCUGGUGACUUUUCAAUGAUGCUGGGCCAUCAGCCAGGAACUAUGCGGCCUCCUGCGCGAGUACACAAGCCUGUGGAUCUAAGUGCCGUGAUACCUGCGCCUGGGACUAAAACAACUAGUUUUACAUCUCCAACCAUUGAGUCCUUACGAGCCAACGACAAGGAAUGGCCCACUCAUCAUGAACUUAACCCAGAAAAUUUGGAUACCUACAUAUACCCUACAAACCUUGAUAUUCGUGAAUACCAGUAUAAUAUUGUCAAGACCGCGUUAUUUGCAAACGUUUUGUGUGCGCUACCAACAGGUCUUGGUAAGACAUAUAUCGCGUCAACAGUUAUGCUAAAUUAUUUUCGAUGGACUAAACAUGCCAAAAUUAUAUUUAUGGCACCAACUCGGCCACUUGUUUCUCAACAGCUCGAAGCGUGUUUGGGAAUUACAGGAAUUCCAGCGACACAGGCUAGUAUUCUUAUGGGAACGGUUCAUAAAAAAGAUAGACAAAUUGAAUGGGAAAAUAAACGUGUUUUUUUUGCAACUCCACAGACUGUUGAAAAUGAUUUAAAACUUGGAAUUUUAGAUCCAAAAAGUAUUGCGUGUUUGGUUGUUGAUGAAGCUCAUCGAUCAACAGGCCAUCAAGCAUAUGCUGAGGUAGUUCGAUUUAUCUCAAGGUUCAACAAUUCUUUCCGAGUUUUAGCGUUAACUGCAACACCGGGAUCUACAAUAGAAAGUGUCCAAGAAGUUAUUACAAAUCUUAACAUUUCACGCGUUGAAAUCCGCACUGAAGACAGCAUGGAUAUUGUACCUUAUAUUCACAAGAAAAACAUUGAAAAAACAGUUUUAGACUUUUCUCCUGAACAAAAGGAAAUUUUAGAGGAAAUUUGCAGUGUGGCCCAGCCUCUAAUAAAUGAACUUCGCAAUGCAACUGGGGUUUUCCUUAACGGCGCAGAAAGCUUAACACUUUAUGGCGUCAAUCUUGCACGGAGAAGUUAUAUGGCUUCACCGGCAGCCCGAGGAAACAUGCAGACGCGUGGUCGAGCACAGGCAAUUUUCGGUAUUUUAACAUCUUUAGGAUAUGCUAUUCAGCGGCUCAAGUUACAUGGCGUUGUUCCUUUUUAUCAUUUGAUGCAGAAACUACAUGACCAAGGGAAAAGUUCUAAGAGCAAGUAUCUCCAUCGUGUUCUCAAUAGCCCUGGAUUCAACAAAAGUUGUAAGAUAGCGCACACAAAUAUGAUGCGCGAAAAUAAUCUUGUAAACCCGUUUUUUGGACACCCCAAAAUGGAACGCUUGGUUUAUAUUCUCAAGGACUAUUUCACAUCUAUAGAAUUUAAGGAGUCUUCGCGUAUCAUCAUUUUUGCCAUGUAUCGUGAUACAACAGCUGAGAUACAACGGAUGUUAAGUUUGCAUGUAAACCAGUGCCAUUCGCAUAUAUUUGUUGGUCAAUCAACAAAAUCCAGUGGUGAAACUGGGUCCAAAACCAAAAACAGCACAAAUAACACUUUGAAUAGCACGAAUCUUAUGAAUUUGGAGGAAACAUAUAAUGUUGGAAUGACUCAAAAAGAGCAGCAAAAGGUAAUUGCUGAGUUUAAACAAGGCAAAUUCAAUACUUUGAUUGCCACAUCUAUUGGCGAGGAGGGUCUUGAUAUUGGUGAAGUUGACAUGAUUAUAUGUUUUGAUGCUUCUGCAAGUCCAAUCAAAGUGCUCCAACGAAUGGGCAGAACAGGUCGUAAGCGGAGUGGCACGGUUCACAUGCUGAUGACUGAAGGUGAGAAAAAGAAGUAUGAAAUGUCUAUAGACAAUUACAAGACUAUUCAAAGCUCAAUUGCGGGGACAUCACGCAUGGGCGAUUUGGAGUAUUGUGAAACAAAUAGGAUCAUUCCGCUGGCACAUAACCCUAUAUGUGUUGAGCAAAAAAUUGAUAUUCCUCAGGAAAAUAAUGAGAUGCUUCAGUCUGAAGAUGUCUUAAAAGAGAUGGAGAUGACACAACGCCGCAUGAAAACCAAGCGUACUGCGGUCAGAAAAAAAUCCACCAAAAUUGUGAAGAAGUUUAACAUGCCAGACAAUGUGGAAACUGGAUUUGUUAGCGCUAGCAAUCUGAUGGGAUUGAAACCUAAAUCAUCAGAGUCGAUGGAUUCUGAUAGUUCUGAGGAUCUAUUUGCAACACCGCCGACGAGAGAAAAUAUGGAAAAGAAGUCAAUGACGUCGUCCUUGGUGGAGUUGCAAAUGGAUCCUUCACCUGCACUUGCACCUGCACCUGCACCUGCACCUGCACCUGCACCUGCAUCUGCAUCUGCACCAGUGCCUGCUGCAGUUCCCGCGAAGAUAACGAAAACAAGUCGAGGGAAAAUAGUUUUUUAUGAUGCCAAACGAGAUGGCCCUGACUAUGGGUUGUUACCUGCUGACAUUGAAAGUCAUGUUUUAAAGGCUUUACAAGAGAUUCACAACCACACUGCAGCCUCGAAUGAUAGUGAAUUUAGGCAAUUAUUUCCUCAGUUUUUAGGAAAAAGUGGUGUUAGUAAGAGGUCUUUGACACGAGCCGAGUCUGUUGUUUAUCCUGAGAGCAGUCGGCCGCUGCCACGUAUUGCGACUCGACCAAGAAGUGUGGUUCUUGCAGAUUCAGCAAAGAAAAUUGAUGCGAGUACAACGCUUGAAUUGGAGCUUGCAUAUGAUGAGUAUUUGCGCCACGAGUGUGGUAAGGAUAGUUCAGAGACAAAAGAUGCGCUACAGAGAGUUGUUGCGGGUAAUGGGAUGAAGAGUAGUCGGGCUAGAGCAGAACGACAGAGUGUUACCGGGAAUGGUUUUAAAGAAAAUGGUUUGGAGAAGGAACGUGACGCGUUGGCGACGCGUGGCGCUAACAAAUCUAACACAUUGGGUACUAGUGGUGGUGGUAUCAGUGGUUCACCAUCAGAUAAAACACGCAUUGCUACCAAAAAAAGUGGGGUUGUGGAGGAGGCGGUUUCUUGCAUAACCAGGUUACCCCCAUCUACGGAUAAAAAUAUCUGCGACAAGAGCAGCAACAGUGUUAGUAACAGCUUAACUAGUGACAUUGAAAAUAGUAUGAGCAGCACUCAAAAACCAAAGGGAAGCGACAACAGCGGGCCUGUUUAUCUAAGCAUUGAUGAUUCCGAUGGAUCGGAUGUGCAGAUUGAUGAGGUUGCUUCUGGGCCGGUGAAAAAGACUGGAGGAGCUUUUGGGGAUUUUUCUGAUAAUAAUAAGCGGGGCGGGACUUCGCGGACGCCUUUAAAUGGAACCAAAUCAGUACUUAGUGGCCAAUAUUUUGGCUCUGGAAUGGGUAAAUCUCCAUUAGCUAGAAGAAAUGCUGGUACUAGUGUAUCUUCUUUUACCUCACCUACAAUUGCUUCUACUAGCAGUUCUACAGAAACGCCUGUACGGCCUCAGUUGAGUGUGACUAACAAGUAUUCAUCACGGGGUAGGAUUAGGGGAGGAUUUGGAGGAAAUGAGGAAGGGGAGGAACAGCAAAAUCGGAUUGGUGGUGGUAUACAGAGGACGCCUUCAGCACAUGGUGGUCGGGGUAAGGUCCAGGUUACACGAAGAGGUAGAAGAGCUACAGGGAGUAACAGGGGGGAUAAUGAUUUGAAUUACGAGGAACGUGAUAGUAUUCGAAUUAGUCAGACUGAUGUUGAAGAGGAGGUGGGUUAUGAUUAUGAGUCCGAUUUGGAUGGGUUUAUUGUUGAUGAUGAAAUUGAACAAGAAGAGGAGGAAGAGGAGGAAGAAGAGGAAGAAGAAGAAGAGGAAGAGGAUGAAGAAGGAGAAGAAGAAAAGAAAAGAGCCAAGAGAAGGAACCAAAGGUUAUCUGAAAGUGGAAGAAGGAAAAGAAGAAGCAGUCAUGGAAGUAGGAGUAAAAAGCCACGUCUGAGUAUUGGACUAGACAAGCCUUUGGAGAUUAGUGAUGAUGAUGAUGAUGAUGAUGAUGAUGAUGAUAUUAUUGAAGAGAUUCAAGAGAUCCAAGAGAUGGAGCAAGGUAGGACUGAUCGAAACCCCAAGAAACGGCGGCGACUAGUACAGAGGAAAUAG